AUGAAAGGCGAUUAUCUUCAAACCGCAAGUUCCCUUUUCAACUCUCUAAUGCCAAGCAAUCCUCCACAGUCCCGAAGUGUACAUCCGAUAAGAACCAAAGUAGCUGAUUGCGGGGAAUACCAGUCGUCCAGUAUCUCUAGCACUAAGUACACGGUUGCGUACCACGGUGCAAUCGUCCGUGCCGUUGGCGUUUCUAACAAAUUAACGGGCGAUAUGUUGUCGGUGGUCUGCUCCAACCUUCUGGCUCCACCUCCCGACCGAGGCACAUCCAGCCGCUGCGGAGAGAGAUCAUUUUUGCCAGGUAUUUGCAAACUGAAUAAUAAAUACGCAGAUAUACGCGAAGAGGCCGCGUUCCGCCUUCACGCAGCUCGCUCUACGCGCGGAUUGGUCGCACUUCGCGAGGGGACGGCGAUAUUCGUUCGCCUUCUCCUCCGCUCUCGUGGACCUACUUUGUACACGCACACGUGCACGAUACGUUUUUGCACGUGCACGCGAAUGUUCACGCUGAGGGGAGGCAGCGUGUGCGCGAGAAUGCACGCCACUCGCUGUACCAUAUCCCUCUCUCGUGGCUACUCUCUCUUCCUUUCCCCUUUCGUCCUCUCGACGAACCCACCUGCCUUUUUUCCACAGUCUUUUCCCCUCUUUCACCCGAUUCCGACGAUCCUUCUUUUCUCCUCUUUGCUAACGCGUUUCACCUUCUUUCACCACACUUGUCUCUUUCCGAACUGCCUUUUUCGCAUUUUCACCCUGUCAUAUCCUAGGUUCUUCGCUUUCUUGUGUACGCACAUUAUCGUGGAGUUCACUUGUUGGAUCUACUUGGUUUAAGAAGCUCAUCAGACAACUUUCUGAUUACUGAAAUUUG